UGGAGAUACUUGGUAUUUGAUAGAUGUCCUGUUGGUAUUUUCUUUCUAUCUCUUGUUCACUUGUAUUCAUAUUCGUGUGGGUUUUCAGACGAAUAUAAUUGUUAUCAGUGUUUUUCACUACAUUCAUUUGACGAUCUGAUAUCUAUCUGUGCCUUGUUUUGAACCUGGCAAGAAGGUGCAUCGCAUCAGGAAGAUAUCUUGUUUUCUGUGGUUUGUUGAUCAUUAUCAUUCGAGAAUACAAAUUGUAUCUUUCUCGCUUUAAUUGUUUAAUUUUUGCAUUUAAUACUUCAUUUCCAUCCACGACGACAAGAUAGCUACUCACCCGCUCUAUCAUCUAAUAACCAUAUAACCACCACAAUGCACCUCAGCAACACCCUCUUCAUAGUAGCCAUAAGCUACCUAACAAGCGUCUACGCAGAUUCCACAGACGAAACCGUCGGUUCCUCCUCCAAACGCGGUCUCGUCUUCGUCCCCAAUUCCAAAUACCCAUCCGAUAACCAAAUCUGGGUACAACCAGGUUCAGAUCUAGCAUGGUACUAUAACUACGGUAUUGCCGCCUCUCCAGCCUACUCCAAUCGCACGCAAGAAGAAUUCGAAUUCGUACCUAUGCUCUGGAGUACCUCGACCACCUUCGUCUCAGACAUCAAAUCGCUAAUUUCCGGUGGUCGCAACGUAACCCACGUAUUAACCUACAAUGAACCCGAUGGAACAUCCUCAACUGGCGGAUCCCAAAUUUCCGCAUCAGUCGCUGCGGCGAAUUGGAUAAGUCAAGUAGAACCACUGCGCGCAUUGGGUAUUAAGACGGGAGCGCCAGCCGUAACGGGUUCAUCGAGGGGAAUGAGUUGGUUGAGUGCCUUUUUUGAUGCCUGUACGACUUUGGGAACGAAUUGUACGGCGGAUUUCAUUCCAGUGCAUUGGUAUGGGGAUUUUGAGGGAUUGGCUAGUCAUAUUGGACAGGUUCGCGGGACGUGAGUUUUUCCCCUUUCUAUUUCCCCCCGUCCUCCUUCUCUCCCUAUCACAUCCCCUCCCCCAAUUCCCCACCCAUCUAACACCCACCCAGCUACCCCAACACCACAAUCUGGCUCACCGAAUACGCACUCAACGACUCCCCCCUCCCAACAACACAAUCCUUUUUCAACACCUCGGCCGAAUAUUUCGACCGUCUCGAUUACAUCGAUCGCUAUUCGUAUUUUGGUUCGUUCAGGAGUAGCGUGAGUAAUGUGGGGUAUAAUGCGACGAUGUUGGAUCAGCGCGGUAGAUUGACUGAUAUUGGGAGUUGGUAUCUUGGUGGGAAGAGCACGGGAAAUGUGCCUGAGAAGAGUGGCGCGGGGAGAUUGUAUGGGGUGGGAUUGGGUUGGAUGGUGGGUACGGUGGUGGUGGGAAUGUUUUGGUUGUGAGGGGGAUGUUGGGAUGUAGUGGAUUGAGGGGGUUGGGUGGAGGGUUAAAAGGAGAUGGGAUGGGACAUG